AUGAGCUCGAGAUCCUCAGUCCAUUCUCUCGUGUCCUCGAAACUCGCCGCUAUCAACUCUAUAGAUCCUGGAAGCGAUGUGAUCGAUCUGCUAAGCUGGAAAAUGAGUCGUGCGUACCGUUCGAAUCGCCCAGAUGUGGACAAGCAUCGGACAUUAGGCACCUGGGACUAUCCUGAUGAUGAGAUUUCAUCAUCUUUUUGCAUUGAUUCCGCCGGAAUGACUUCGUUGCUCUUUGACGAUUGCCAAGAUGAUGAAGCCGGAAAGAGACAGUUCGACGCCGCAAAUGACAGGAUUCAACACGCACCUUUAAUAGACGCUAAGAUCGUUUCUGAUGGCUAUGGCCCUCCGCAAUAUGGCUUGCUCGGAUCGCACACUGAAGCCGAAGAGUCCAACUCUAAACUUUAUUUGAAUACCAACGUCCCGUUUUCCAUGUUCAUCUGCGGGGUCCAAGGGAGUGGUAAAUCUCAUACAACAUCCUGCAUCCUCGAAAACGCAUUGAUACCCUCUCGACAUCUUGGGAAGCUCCAGAAUCCUCUUUCUGCUUUGGUCUUCAGCUAUGCUCAGUUCAGCGGUGAUGGCUUCGGAUUCACCAUUAGCGAGGCCGCAUUCUUAGCUUCAUCUGAUCAAAGGCUGCCUGGAGGAGCGCACGUAAAGAGGGUACAUGUCCUAGUGUCGCCAUCCAACUUCGUGCGGAUAUCGAAGCUCUACCGUCAAUUACCCAACGUUCUCGUUACACCUUUCAAACUGAUGCCACAGGAUUUGGACAUUGACACUAUACUUACAUUGAUGAACGUCAGCGAAUCGAUUGAGACACCUCUCUACAUGGCGCAAGUCACGCAGAUACUUCGUGAGAUGUCCACUGCAGGAGAACCAUUCAAUUACAAACUUUUCAAGCUGCAGCUUAAGAAAAAAGAGUUUAACUCAGCGCAAGCUAGCAUGCUUCAACUGCGUUUGGACUUGCUUGAAUCAUUCCUCGAGUUGAACGCCAGCUGCGUAGAGCCUCAUUUUCAAUUUGGGGAGGUGACAAUAAUGGACAUGUCCUGUCCAUUUGUGGAUGCGAACACGGCAUGCAUCCUUUUUCGGAUUGGGCUGAAGCUGUACCUACAGUCGAAGGGUAAUGGCAAAAUGAUUGUAUUGGACGAAGCGCAUAAGUACAUGGUGAACGUACCAGGGGCCAAGUCUCUGAAUGAAACGCUUCUACAGACCAUCCGCCUCCAGCGACACUAUGGUGCACGCGUUGUCAUCUCAACCCAGGAACCUACCCUUUUGACCGACCUCAUCGCACUUUGCUCGAUCACAGUGAUCCACCGCUUCUCUAGCCCAGAGUGGCUGUCGGCGAUUAGACGUCAUAUUCCUACUGCAACCGAGGAUCGUGAAAGCCUAAUGCGGAGAAUCGAGAGCUUGACAACGGGGAUGGCAAUGAUAUACUCGCCAAAUGCAGUAUAUGGCCGCCAUGAAAGCGGAGAGCUUAUCACAGGCACAAGCAAAUUGAUCAACAUUAGCAUCAGGAGGAGAAUCACGUGCGACGGAGGACAGUCUGUACUAGCAGUCUAA